AUGACAACUUCAGAAACAAUCUAUCUGUAUCCAGGCGAUAAUCAACCAAAAGUAAAAUUAACACGUGUCCGUCAAUUCGCCGACUUUUCCGACCUAAUCAAAUACUUCCACUCCAUCCAGGAUACAUAUCUAAUAGAAUUCCAAAUUUGUGAAACUAUCACGGAAAACUUGAAAUUGACAUCCACUUCAUCCCUAGCGACUUCCCCAACUUUUAUCAUCGAGUAUAAUGAGAUCUACGACUCAUUUUAUGUGUGGAAGUCUGAAGGUAAAUGGGAAAUGACAGAUAUAGUCACCCAAAUUUACAAUACUCAAUCUCAGCCAAAAGCAAAAACAAAAACACCAAACGGUGCCACAAAGUCUUGGGAAGUACAAUUUAAGAAUGAUCCUCGAUUGAAGAGUCAUAGAAAGAAAGAUAUAUUGAAAUUGGCCCUCAAUAAUUUGAACGUUGAUUGGUCCAUGGUAGAUAUUAAUGAAUUUUGGAACCAACUAGAUAAUAUUUGUCAAAUUGAUUCACAUAUGGGCAAUGAAUCUUCUUGUAAGAGUUUCAUCGUUAUGGCAUUGUUUAGAACAAGAAUCAGUCGAAAUAAAAAACUUUUGCAAAAAUUGAUUAGUGAAUAUGGUGAAAGAUGUAGAAAUAAUAGUACCGAGGCGAUCACUUCGGAUAACUCUGCAGAAUUGGCGAUUGAAGAUUCUCCUCUAGCGGAUUUACCCAUUGAGGAGGAAGGUUUGAAAACUUCCUCUAGUAAUCAACAUUAUAGUUAUCAUCAACCUUCUACUAGAGAUUCAAAAGAUAUUGUUGCCAAACAAGUCUUUUCCAAUUUUAAUAGGCAUUUUAAAGUCACUGCAGAAGAUUAUGAAUUGUUUGAUUUAAAGACUAAAGCUGGAAUUCCACGAAAGUUAAGAAGAAAUAGCAGCAAGAUAACCAAAGAUACAAGAACAAAACACAUAAAUAGGGCAUAA